UUCAGAAUAACUAAUCCAAAAUUAAUUAUCAUUAACUAUUUCCCAACCAAACGUCCUAACUACUUUAUGGUACAAAACUAAAAUUGGCCCUUGUACUCUGUCCUGCCGUUCCCCGGGAACGUCAUCGGAGAUCGGAGUUCACCAAGACGGUAAACACUGGAGAAUAACGGAGGUAUAUUGGUCUUUCAAUGUUACAGAGGCGAUUGAUUUGCUCGAGGAUUUCGAAUACCGUCGUCCAAUCAAACCCCGCACCUAGCCAGAGCAAAUGGAGUGUAAACCAAGUUACAAAAUCCAACUUCUCAGUGGCACUAGAACAGAUAAGCACUUGCAUUUCCGACUCUGAUUUCAUUGCCGUCUCAUUGAAGAAUACUGGGGUCUACUCUGCACCCUGGCAACGUAUUCUACCUAUUGACACCGCCCACACCGCGUAUCUCAAAGCCAAAUACACCGCCGAACGGUUUCAGGUCCUUCAGUUCGCUGUUUGCCCCUUUUCCACAAAUGGUUCCAAGCUCAUCGUGCACCCAUACAACUUUCAUUUGUUCCCUCGUGAUGAGUUAAAAAUAGGGAUGCCUUCUUAUAAUUUCUCUUGUCAAUCAUCAUACUUGACCUCUAUGGCUCAAGAAGGUUUUGAUUUCAAUGCCUGCAUAUAUGAUGGCAUAUCAUAUUUAUCCAAAUCACAAGAAUCAGCUGCAAUUGAUAGAAUUGUAAAUGCAGCACCUAUAAGCUGUACAGUUCAGACUCCAUCAGGAUAUACAGUUGCUGAUUCUGUAUUUGCAGAAAGGAUCAAAUCUCGAGUUAAGAAUUGGAUAACUGCUUGCAAAGACACUAACAAGAAGCCUGAAGAUACUUUAAUCAGUUCGUUGAGAAAAAUUGUCUCGGGAGAUGAAUUAUAUGGAUGCAGACCAUGCUUGAGCAUAGAUGUCUGCAGUGAAAGUCAAGUGCGCCUUGUGUUGAAGACACUGAAAGAUUUUGUUGACGUCAUACCUUUACUAACCCCAGCAAAGGAAGGGACAAUAAGGCCCGUUCGAGUGGUUUUGUCAAGUUCAGAAGAAGACAGGAUUCUUUUACAGAAGGAACUUGAAAAUGACCGGAAGGAGCAUAAUAAGUGCCUCCGUGGCUUUCGAGGGGUGAUCGAUUUGGUUUCCGAUUCUCAGAAACCUGUUGUUGCUCACAACUCUCUUAAUGAUUUUACCUUCAUUCACUCCAAGUUCUUAGCUCCAUUGCCAUCAACACUGGAUGAAUUCAGACGUUCAUUAGGUUUGGUCUUCCCGAAUGUACUUGAUGUCAACCAUCUUAUGAAGGAAAUCAGCCCUCUGACAAAAUUGAACAAUUUGCCUACAAGUAUCUCAUAUUUGAAACAACGGUUCUUUGCCCCUAUGGAUAUAGAGAUACGUAACCAAGCUGAGGUGUAUGAAGUGAAGACUCUUGGACAUGAUGUUGUGAAGAUAAGCCAAUUGUUCGCAAAGCUGUGGUCCAUUUUGAAAAUUGCUCCAAAAACUCCUGAAGCUGUCGCGGGCCAUUUUCCUGAUGCAAUUGAAUGCUACACAAACUCGUUCAACCCUUUCUUUACUAGUUCUCAUGGUCCUGCUAAUGAAGAUGUUAGUGUGUGGACUGACAAUGCUAGAAAGAUUAGUAUUAAAAAUCUGAUUUUCCUAUGGGGAUUCAAGGGUGUGACAUCUGCAGGAAAGCUGAAAAACCUCCUAUAUGGUUCACAUGAAGUUUUCCAUAACGAGUUUGAUGUUAAGAUGGUGGAUAGAAGUUGUGCAGUGAUUGCUUUCGGGAAUCCUGGCUUUUCGGAGGUCUUGAUGCAGCUAAUGGACUCUGGAGGAAUCUGCACUAAUACCCUGCAGGAGAUGCUUGCAGACGGCCUGAGAGCUGCAGGUUAUGAAACCUACCAGAAAGUCUGUGAGUUGGGGCUAUGGGAAGCUGAUUUAGCCAGUUCGAUGGAAAAGGCUUUGGAAGAAUCUGAGAGCUUCUCAGACGCUCAGUCAAAAGAGCGGUCAAGGAUAUGUCCAAAUAAUGGUGAAGUGAUUAACCUGGAUGAGCUUUAAGAUGCUUUAUAAAUCUGAAUCAGAUCUCCAUUACCAGAGACGAAACUAGCUGAUUGUGGUAUACUGAGUCGAUAAUACUUUCAUCAUAUAUGUUUUACCUAAUAAAAGCAGGGCUUCUUGUGUUCUUUGGACAAUAAGAUUGGAGGAUAGCUGAAUUUUGGAGGAUACUUAAGUAGAGUGGCAUUAUUUGGUGUACCCGGAUCAUUUAGAAGGAGUGUUUGUUUGAGCUGUUUUUGCAACAAAAAGGAAAGGGUUUCAACCUUUGGUGAAGAUUUUUAAACACAAAUUUUCAGAACAUCUCGAAUAAACAUUUAAAAAGAAUUCAAAUCUGAGCUUGCAAUUGAAUACGCAACUCUAAAAACAAACGUUAUAUUAAGCAAACAUAAUGUUGCUUGUAUUAUGUUUCA